AAAUGACGUACUCCUAAAUACGACAAGCCGGAAGUAUUGUUGGGUAAACUCACGUGUACAACAUGAAAAAUACAAAAAAGCACAAAAAUGUGUCCAACAAGUCUAAAUUCAAGCCAGGAUCCAAGAAAAGAGAAAACAAGUGCAUCGUCAUGUUCGACGACAAAGAAAGACAGGACUAUUUAACUGGUUUCCAUAAGCGAAAGGUGGAAAGGAGGAAGGCAGCAGUGGCAGAAAUUCGAAAGAAAAUCAAGGAAGAGCAGAUCAGAGUCCGAGAAGAAAGACAUAAGGAAUACAUUAAAAUGCUGAAGGAGAGGAAGGAAGCACUUGCUGCAGCUGAAGAUGAUCUGGAAGAUAUGAUAACAAGUACUGCAGAGUCUGUGCAGUAUGAUCACCCCAACCACACCGUCACUGUGACAACCAUCAGUGAUCUGGACCUCACAGGGGCUCACCUACUUGGACCUGCAGCAAAUCAGGUUCCAGGGGAGGGCGUGGAUGAAGAAAAGGGGGAUGAAGAGGAGGAGAAAACAAGUGCAAUGCCAAGAAAAGCUGGGUGUCCAAUCAUCAACAAAAAGAUCCGCUCCCUAACUGCGUCGCUCAACAAUUACACUACCAAGCGGAAGAGGAAAGGGAAGCAGGAAGGCCGAGGAGGACGAGGCCGUCAGACAGACAAGAGACCUGGUGUCACAACGAGUAAAAACAGAGCCGGAAGGACCACUAAGUCGCAGAGACGUCGACAGACUGGGAAAAGGGUGCAUUAUCGGGACGAAAGAUGAACAAGAGAACAAAUAUAAUAUGGAGUUUGAACUGUAUAGAGAAUUAAUUUCCCACAGAAUUUGGAGGAAUUAUGCCCCUGUUUUUGAGCAGGAUGUUUGUAAAAUUAACACAAGCUGACGUGGACGCUUAGUGACUGGACAUCCCUCACUAUUUCCACAGCACCUGCCUCUUGAAAUCCUGUCUCAAAUUUAUACAUUUUUCAAAGCAAAAGUGUUUUUGUAGUGUUACUUCUUAAACGUAUACAAACUGUAAUGUAUUUGCCUUUAUUUUCAUUGAAUAAAAGAUUAAUCUUGCUAA